AUGCGUGAAAUAGUGCACAUCCAGGCCGGACAGUGCGGCAAUCAGAUCGGCGCUAAGUUCUGGGAAGUGAUCAGUGAUGAGCACGGCAUCGACCCCACCGGCACCUACCACGGGGACAGUCACCUGCAGUUGGAGCGCAUCAAUGUCUACUACAACGAGGCUUCCGAAUCGGCUAAAAAGAAGUCCAAAUAUACAACGAGUACCACAACGACAACUCCAUCCACAGCUCCAACCAGUCAAGAGACCACUUAUUAUCAAUAUUCAACAUCAGAGGCCACAACCAGCCCAACCACAACCACACCAAUGCCCACCACUAAAUAUAAAAGGUAUUAUAAGAGGACCACCACCACGACAACUCCUGCCACCACCACUACCGUAACCACAACUAAAAAGACUUAUAAACCAAUCUCUUCGUAUGGAUAA